AUGGAUAAAACAUCACUUGGAAGAGAUUCCGAGUCAGCAUAUGGGUCAGAAGUAUCUUCAAAUGCCACUUUCAAACUUCAAAUCAAAGAAUCGACAACAAAAAAGGAAAUAUGGUACGAAUGGAUCAGAAAUAGACUUCGUUAUUAUAUGAUUCUGGAAUUGUUGUUUUCGAUUUGUCUCGUUUUGAUUCUAUGGAAACAAUAUCAUAUUUCAUCUCAGAACGAUAAAACUCUUGAAUUGAUUUCUAGUAUUCAAUCGGAAUUCCAAAACUUCAAACUGGAUAUUGAAUCUGAUAGACCUUCCAAACCAACCUACACUAUGAAUCUGGAUGGGGGAAAUAAGGAAUUAGAAGAAUUUGUAAAAGAAGUGAUGAAAGAUAUGAAGAAUCCAUCAAUUGAGAGAAAUCAAAAAGAAUAUCCGAAACAAGUCAUCCCGACUCAAGAUAAUUCAUCUCCGAAUAACUCGAUAUUCCAAAUAAAUGCAGCAAGUAUUAUUCUUGGAGCAACAAUUGAUUUGAGUCGAUCAUCCAGUUCAGACAAUAACCCAUUAAUCGGAAGAGAUCAAAGUGGUUAUGUAUUGAUUGAUAGAUCUGAUCCACCAUCAGAUAAAGCAUGGUGUUCAAAUGAGGAGAAUCCAAUUCUGACUAUUGAGUUGGCAAAGUAUAUCAGACCAAUUUCAGUGUCUUAUCAACACUCGAAAUGGUCAGGAAUGGUUCCAGAUGGUGCACCGAGGCGAUAUGAUGUACUUGCUUGUCUCGAUUACUACUGUAACAAUCUAGAACCACUUGUCUCGAAUUGUGAAUAUAAAGCAACUAGAGACAACAAACAAGAGCAAUUCUGCCCAAUUCCAUUCAAUCAAAAUCAUUCUUCAAUUGGAAAAAUUCAAUUUCAUUUCCAUCAAAAUCAUGGAAAUGUCAUGAAAACUUGUGCUCAUACGAUUCGAGUCUACGGAGAGACGAAAGAAGUUCCAAAAGUUAAAGAGAGGACUCUGGAACAGGCUGAAACUUGUUCUAAGCUCACUUAUGACUAUCAUCAUCACUCGUGGACUUACAAUAUAUUUGACUUCAAGAAUUGCACGGUACUUUACUCGAAUGACUGCUGUACUGAAUGCCCGGAAUGCUGUGACGAAUGUCUCAUUCAAGAUAUCAACGGUGGCAUAGUUGCUUGCUCCAUCUUCCUUAUAAUCAUGUCUCCUUUUAUUAUCGGUGCCCUUCUAUUCCUUAUCUGUCUAAUUGUUUCCCCUAUAGUAUUGAUAUUAGAAUGCUUGUUCUGCAAAGGAGAUGCAUCUACCUUAGAAGAGUAA